AUGACACAUACAGUCUUUUCCCUCGGGCAGUGUAUCUUGUUAUUAAAAAUAAAUAUAGACAUAAAUAUAAUAUAUUAUUACAUUAGAUUACAACUUCUUAUAAGAAAAUGUGUCAAGUUAACCCAGGGGACGUAUGAGUGUCAAUUAUCAUUCCGAAAUUAUGUCUGGAGCUCACGUCAGUCGGGGAAAAUAUAUUUGAGUGUUACGAGUGAAUUAUAUAUUGAUAAAAGAAAAAGAACAUUUGCUAUCAUUGACUUGUUAGUGAGAAUAUAUGAAGCGAACGUGCCGUUUAAUUGCAUAAUCAGAGCCGGUUGGCAGCGUGAGACCAAAAUUCCCGACCAUCGACGACUCCAGGAGUUUUCGAACGACCAGGGACGGCUCUGUGACCCUUCUUUGCCCCGCGCAGGGAUACCCUGCCCUGGUUUUCAAGUAACACCUUCGCGUUCUGUCUCUUUCUUGGACCUUUUCCUCGACGCUGGAAACGCAGAACCCGUGGGCAGCGUUCGACCGAAAUUCCCAUCCGUGAGCAACAUAAAUGGUCUGACAAUGGUUACCAACGGGACGUUGCCUUUCCUCUGUCCCGCGCAGGGAUUCCCUGUACCGAGUUAUAGGUAUGCCUUCGAAAUAGAGAAUUAUUUAUUUAUUUAUUUGAACUGUGAACGAACGGAGCACGGUCUUUAG